AUGAUUCUGGACGCGAGACGCUCACCAUUUGCGAACAGACAGGAAGAUCGCCAGUUCAUCGAGGGUACCGACUCGGACUUUACCCCAUCUCCAGAUCUGUCUGGGGUCAAGGAUGACGAUAGCGUAGUAAAGCGGCAGAGAACUGCUCCAAGCCCUGCCGUAAAGGCAUCGAAGAAGAAGACACCUCUGUCUACGCAGACCAAGGCUGGGAAGAAGAAGGCAGCUCCGUCUUCAGAAGCUGCCGACAGUCUUUUCACGGCCACACCGAGCCCCAAGAUCAAGAUUGAGGACUUGUCGAAGGACAUGUCGAUUGACACACAGAGCGGGAUGCACUACGCUCUGUUGGGCCUCUACAAACAUAAGCGCUACUAUUUCUAA